UCACAUUUGUUGAGAGCUACAAGCUUUUAAUUCGUAACACUGACUUCUAUCCCUCUCAUCGGAACUAAAUUACUCUGUAGAUUAUAAGAACUUGUGAAUUAGGUGAAUAUGGAGUCUCGUUCGAAAAUUACUCGAAGUGGGUUUUCAGAAAUAUAUCAAAGAGAAAUCGGUUUAUCUCAGUCGAGAAGUUUUGCUCACAGAAUCACUGGUUCAGAGGCUAUUGUGGAGCAGAUUGAUCUAUAUGGGAAGUUAAAUGCUCACGAUGGUUGUGUAAAUACAGUGCAUUUCAACUCUACAGGUGAUUUUAUUGUGUCAGGUUCUGACGACACACAAGUUAUUUUUUGGGACUGGGCUGCAAAGAGCAAAAGGUUGGCAUAUUCUUCUGGACAUUCAGACAAUAUAUUCCAGGCCAGAAUUAUGCCGUUUACUGAUGAUAGAACAGUUAUCACCUCUGCUGCUGAUGGCCAGGUCAGGCUCGGUCAGGUCCGGGAAAAUGGGGAGGUUGAAACCAAAAGGCUAGGAAAGCAUCAAGGCAGUGUACAUAACCUUGCCAUAGAACCAGGAAGUCCUCACAUAUUCUAUAGCUGCGGUGAGGAUGGGUUUGUACAACAAUUCGACCUACGAAGUUGUUCUUCUGCCAAGCUUUUUGCUUGCUCUUCACUUAAAGAAAAUAAGAGGCCUGGCAUCAUACGGUUAAACGCGAUUGUAAUCGACCCAAGAAAUCCAACUUAUUUUGCAGUAGGAGGUUAUGAUGGUUAUGCACGUGUGUAUGACAUUAGAAGCUACCAACAGGAAUCAAGUUCUUCGGACAGUCUAGUAAAAGCCUUCUGUCCUCCAGAUCUACUCGGAACUGAUAACAUUCACAUCACUGGGUUGGCUUACUCUAACAGCAGUGAGCUGCUUGUUUCCUACAAUGAUGAGCUUGUGUACCUGUUUCAGAAGAACAUGGGAUUGGGCUCAAAUCCUCAUUCAGUUUCACCUGAGAAUUUAAAAAGACUUGACCGAUCACAAGUGUACUCGGGGCAUCGGAAUUCACAGACAGUUAAAGGAGUGAGUUUUUUCGGUCACAGUGAUGAGUACGUAGUAAGUGGAUCAGAUUGUGGUCAUAUAUUCAUCUGGAAGAAGAGUGGUGAACUCGUGCGCUUGAUGGUUGGUGACAAACACAUUGUAAAUUGUCUUGUGAGCCAUCCAUUUCUGCCUGUACUUGCCACAAGUGGAAUAGAAAAAAAUGUAAAAAUCUGGGUUCCAAUGGCUAGCGACCGUAGUCCACUUCCUGAAAAUGUAAAAGAGAUAAUGGAGGCUAACAAGCAGGGCAGAGAAGAUCGUUCACGUAUAACACUAACCCCUGAUGUUAUAAUGCAUGUGUUGAGGUUACAGAGAAGGCAACCCUUAACCUAUAUUGAUAGGCGAUACACUAGAUCUGAUCUUGAGAGUGACGAAGAAGAUGAAGGAGAGACUCGCAUCUUAGGAUUUGCAGAUGAUGAUGCCUCUUCUGAAGGGGGAUUUACUAAUAAUUCCAGAGACUGCAACAUUAGCUAAUUUAUGCUGAUGGAUGUUAUAUAUUUGCUAAAAUUAUUAGAUUUUGUGUUGAUUCCUACACUGUAGGUUUCUGUCUUGGCAGUUGUAUUAGCUCUAGUAAUCUUUCAUAAAACAUGUCGUUUUCUUCGACUGUACUCUAUAAGAAAUCAGGUGAAGGAGCGAAACCAGAUAAACCUAUCAUAACUCGACACUCGAAUGGUUGGUCUCUCAUGACGCAACUAGAUUGCGUUUUACACAAGGAGAAGAAGUGUUGUGAUGUGGCUCAAGUGGAAACCAUGUUUAAGAAUCCUUGCACAGACAUACUGCUGUACAUCAUCACGCGGCAUAUUUACCAGACUAGAGGCGUUGCUCUAAGAACCAGUAGGUCAGUUUAUGCAUUUCUAUUUAGAGUUUGUAUCCUCCUUGUAUUCAAUAAAACCGUAUCUU